AGUCGGGCCGGAGCGGAGCAGCGGGCAGGACUGCCUGGCCGGCGGCUCCGCGGAAAGGCUGCGCGCGCCGGCCGGGGGAGGCGGACAGCCGGGCCCGCCGCCUGCGGGGCGCGGCGCGCGGCACCCGGGCCUGAGACCAGGCAAGGCGCCGGCGCGCGCCAGACGGCGCGAGGCUGCGGCCCCGGGAGCCCCGGCGCGCCGCCCGGGGCCAUGGGCGCGUGAGAGCCCAGCGCGCGCGGCCUCUGCUGCGGCUUGCGAGCUCGCACACCCGGUGCACAGUCCCACGGGCCGUCCCCGUGUUCGCCCUGCGCCACUGGGUUCGGCUGUUUCUCAGCGCCGAGGCCCCCGAGGCUGCAUCCGAGCUUGCGUCGCCCGCUGCCGCCGCCGCCGCCGCUGCUCGCCGGCUUCCCCUCCCCCCACACCCGGGGCUCAAAGCAGGAGGAGGAGGGGCCGGUGCAUUCUCGCCGCUGUUCUUUGCAACCUGCAGGGGCCGGUGUAUGUCCGGCGAGGAGCCGGGGCCGCUGCGGGUGCGUGCAACCCCCGGAGGAGAAAAUCCCCCCACCUCGGGGCGAACCCGGGGGCUGCAAGCCGCGGGCGGGCGGGCGAGCGAGAGGAAGCAACAAAGACAGGCUGCAGCUGGGGCUGGCGAAAGGGGCCGCGGCCGCCGGGCUCCCAGCGCGGGCGGAGAGGGCGCCCUGGGAGCGGCGCGGGCCGAGCUGCAGCCUUGAGCGGGGCCCCGAGGGGAGGCGCAGCGCCGCCCGCCGGACGUGGCGAUCACGGGCCCCGGCGAGGAUGCGUCGCCUGAGCGCCCGCGCGGCCCCCGUCCGGGGCGGGCGUGACUCCCGCUGAGCGGAGACCUCCCUUCCCCCCCCCCCCGACUUCGGACGGCGCAGGCCGGCGCCAGGAUAGCCCUCACCGACAGCGCCCCUUCCCACCCGGAGAGAGGCAUCGGCCCCCAAGGGGGGCUUCCUCAGGCAGCUUCUGCCACUCCUGCAUGGCUGCGACCCGCCGAGCGGAGCGUCGUGGUAGCUGAGACCUGGUGCCCUUCGACGGCCUGGCUGAUCCGGGACCCUGCCGCAGAGCGCGCCCCACUGGGGACCCCCAGCUCAGCCAUGCUGGCCUGUCUGCAGAGGACCCAGAACCCCCCGGGCCAACACCUGGCCUGCCCGAGCAAGAGUCUGGAGCUGCGCAAGUGCGAGGCGGUGGCCAGCGCCAUGCAUUCCUCCCGCUACCCGAGCCCAGCAGAACUGGACGCCUAUGCCGAGAAGGUGGCCAACAGCCCGCUGUCCAUCAAGAUCUUCCCCACCAACAUCCGUGUGCCCCAGCACAAGCACCUCAGCCGCACAGUCAAUGGCUAUGACACCAGUGGCCAGCGCUACAGCCCCUACCCGCAGCACACUGCUGGCUACCAGGGCCUUCUGGCCAUCGUCAAGGCCGCGGUUUCCUCCUCCAGCACGGCCGCACCAGCUGGGCCCGCCAAAAGUGUGCUCAAGAGCGCCGAGGGCAAGCGGACCAAGCUGUCACCGGCCGCCGUGCAGGUGGGCAUUGCGCCCUACCCAGUGCCCAGCACUCUGGGGCCCUUGGCCUACCCCAAGCCACCUGAGGCGCUUGCUCCACCACCUGGCCUACCUGCAGCCGCCACUGCUGCCUCCGUCAUCCCCCUGCCAGGCCGGGGCCUGCCCCUGCCACCUUCCAACCUGCCCUCCAUCCACAGCCUCCUCUACCAGCUCAACCAGCAGUGCCAGGCCCCGGGUGCCGCACCCCCUGCCUGCCAGGGCGUGGCUGUUCCCCAUCCCAGCCCUGCCAAGCACGGCCCAGUGCCCAGCUUCCCCAGCAUGGCCUACUCGGCCGCAGCCGGUCUGUCCGACUGCCGGAAAGGCACUGAGCUGGGCCAGGGAGCCACCCAAGCCUUGACGUUGGCUGGGGCCGCCAAGCCUGCAGGGUACACAGACAGCGGCCUGGAUUACCUGCUAUGGCCGCAGAAACCGCCCCCACCGCCGCCCCAGCCACUGCGUGCCUACAGUGGGAGCACGGUGGCCAGCAAGUCCCCUGAGGCUUGCGGGGGCCGGGCAUAUGAGCGGGCCAGCGGGUCACCCCUCAACUGUGGCGUGGGGCUGCCCACCAGCUUCACCGUGGGCCAGUACUUUGCGGCCCCCUGGAACAGUGUGCUGGUGACCCCCACCAGCGACUGCUACAACCCGGCAGCAGCGGUGGCGGUCACGGAGCUGGGGCCAGGGGCAGCCCGGGAGCUGGCUGGGCCCCCUGCAGAUGCCCUCUCGGGCCUGCCCAGCAAGAGUGUGUGCAACACAUCGGUGCUGAGCAGCAGCCUGCAGUCACUGGAGUAUCUCAUCAACGACAUCCGGCCGCCCUGCAUCAAGGAGCAGAUGCUGGGCAAGGGCUAUGAGACGGUGGCUGUGCCCCGGCUACUCGACCACCAGCAUGCCCACAUCCGCCUACCCGUCUACAGAUAAGGCCUGCCCUGCGGACAUACGGACAUGCGGACGGGGCGCGGAGCCAGGAGGCAGGCCGCCGAACAGGGUGGGCAGCUCAUAGGGGCGCUCAGCCCCACCCUGUGCCUGCUGAUGCCCACAGGGGAGCCAGGCUGGCUGCCGCCUCACUGCGGCCGGAUGGAGGGUGGCAGGGCAACCUCACAUACCAAGGCCCCCCCCCCACCAUUGGUUGCCCCAGGACACAGUGAGGGCCUGGGGGCAGCCACUGACGCCCAUGCCUUCCUUUAUCUAAGCUGGCAGAGGCAGGGAGAGAGAAACCACUCAAAAACAGGAAUGGUUCUUUCUGGGCCUCCUGGGACAGGGGCCCAGACCAAGGUGGGGUGCAGGAGGAAACAGGUGCACCAGAGUCAGGGUGGGGGCAGAGCAGCCCCCCAGGGGUCAGGCAGCUGUGUCUCCCCACACUGGCUCCCCAGUAUUCUGGAAAAGGGGCACAGGAGGCCGAUAGGAAGUCACUGGGCCCAAAGUGUCUCCCCACCAGCCAGGUGAAGACCACUCUGACAGAGGCCCCAGGGACUAGACCAGUCCCCCUGUUCCUCCUUCCCCUACCCCCACCAUUCCUUCCUAACACAGAGUUGCACCCCCAUCCCCAUUCUCCAAACCCCGGACUACCAUCUUCCCCCUUCCCUCCAAUACAUCUUAUAGGGCUGCUGGGUACAGUUGUUCAGGCUGUGCACUGCACAAGGGCACCUUGUCCAAGGAGACACCACUUUCACCCAAAUUUGUAUAUUUAUUACAAUUUUCUGCAUCUUGAGGAAGGGGCAUCCUUUUCCUGUUCGCACAAAGGCACCACAGGGGCUAACAAUGGGCCUGAAAUCUUAGAUCCCAUUCAGAGAGAACCUCCCUUGCCUUCUUCGAGGGAUCUCUUGGGACCCUCUUGGUUUUAACUGGGAGGCCCAAUCCAACUCCUUUCCUGCAAACCACCCUCCAAGGCCUGUCCCACACGAUCAAGGCGGGGAAAGAUAGGCAGGAGUCCCCUCAUGAAGUCCUCAAGUCCUGGCCCCUCUGGCGCUCUGGAAGCGGUACUGUAUCUCUCUCCAAGGCCUGUUCAAGCACUAAGUGCAUUUACAAAUCUCUGAGAAUGUUUUUUUUUUAUACUAAAAUUGACCAUUAUAUUCUACUGUGAGAAGUGCAGUCUGCACUAUAUUGUUUUAAAAACGAAGAGAAAGAAAAAAAAAGGAAAACACAGAUGGUGUCUCA